GCGCGCACCGGACCGACCGCGGUUUUUCACCGCUGCUGAAGGUGUAACAUCGAGAGACGGUGGACUAAAUAUUUUCAUUCUACCGUUGUGGGAUUGUUAAGUGUCUACUACUAGGCUUUUCUCUUUCUGAGGCAAUCGUCCUUACACACUUCAUCUUUUGGACCAGGACCCUAUUUUAAACUAGUCUGACCACUGUUGCUCAGUUCACUUCCAGACAACAGCAUGGGUUUCCAGUCAGACUCUACCCUCCAAUCUAUCCUCUUCUUUCCAAUCCACCUUCUGGUAUGGCUGUACUCCGUCCUGACCUUCCUGCCCUGGUACUACAUCACUGGUGCCGGCCAGAGAAAAGCUCUGUCCAAGCGGAUAAAGGCCCGUUCCACUUCAGGCCGUGCAGAGGGACCGUACCGCUCUGUGGACCACUUUGAUUCUCUGGCUAGGGAGGACUUCCCAGGCAAGGACACACUGGAUAAACUGUUCGAGCAUGCUGUGCAGCGUUUUGGACAAGCACAUUGUCUAGGCACCCGAGAUAUACUGAGCAAAGAAGAUGAGAUUCAACCCAGCGGUAAAGUAUUUAAAAAGCUGAUCCUGGGAGAGUAUAGAUGGCUUUCCUACAAUGACCUGGACGCUAUAGCCAGUGAGUUUGGCAGUGGAUUGGCAGCUCUGGGGCAGCAGCCCAAAAGCAGUAUUGCAAUCUUUUGUGAAACCAGAGCAGAGUGGAUGAUCACUGCCCAGGCUUGCUUCAGGCGCAAUUUCCCAUUGGUGACAUUCUAUGCCACUCUGGGUGAGGAGGCAAUUGCAUAUGGACUGAACGAGACUGGAGUUACACAUCUAGUUACCAGCGCGGAGCUGAUUGAGACCAAACUGAAAAAAGUGCUUUCACAGAUCCCAAAACUGAAGCAUGUGAUCUACGUGGACCAGAAGAAAGUGAGCACAGAAGGCUACCCAGCAGGACUAUCCUUCCACAGCAUGCAGGCUGUACGAGAGCUGGGCGCUCUGCCUGAGAAUAUGAGCAGGGCAAUCGUGAAGCCCCAGCCCUCUGAUCUGGCUGUGGUAAUGUACACCAGUGGCUCUACAGGCAGACCCAAGGGAGUCAUGAUUGUCCACAGUAACAUAAUUGCAGGAAUGACUGGCCAGUGUGAACGCAUCCCUGGACUCGGGCCUAAUGAUACUUACAUAGCCUAUCUGCCCCUGGCUCAUGUUCUGGAAAUGACAGCGGAAAUCUCCUGUAUCACAUAUGGCUGUCGCAUCGGCUACUCAUCCCCCCAGACACUCUCAGACCAGUCCACUAAGAUAAAGAAGGGAAGUAAAGGAGACUGCUCUGUGCUCAGACCCACCCUGAUGGCAGCUGUGCCUGAAAUUAUGGACCGCAUCAACAAGAAUGUGAUGAGCAAAGUGCAGGAAAUGAGUUUCAUUCAGAAGAAGCUGUUUACACUGGGCUACAAAUAUAAACUAGAGCAGAUCAGGAGAGGCUAUGACGCACCACUCUGCAAUGCCCUGUUGUUCCGGAAAGUGAAGAAACUGCUGGGGGGAGGGGUGAGGAUGAUGCUGUCUGGAGGAGCUCCCCUGUCCGCAGCCACUCAGAGAUUUAUGAAUGUAUGUUUCUGUUGUCCAGUGGGCCAGGGCUAUGGCCUUACUGAAACCUGUGGAGCAGGCACCAUCACAGAGGUUGCAGACAUCAGCACUGGCCGUGUUGGAGCUCCGCUUCUGUGCUGUGAGAUCAGACUUAGGGAUUGGGCUGAAGGUGGCUACACGAGCAAAGACAAACCAAACCCAAGGGGAGAAAUCCUGAUUGGCGGUCCCAAUGUAACCAUGGGUUACUACAGGAAUGAAAGCAACAAUCAGGACUUUUUUGCAGAUGAAAAUGGUCAGAGAUGGUUCUGCACCGGAGAUGUUGGAGAGAUUUACCCGGACGGCUGUCUACAAAUAGUGGACCGAAAGAAAGACUUGGUCAAACUGCAGGCCGGGGAGUAUGUGUCCCUCGGUAAGGUCGAGUCUGCUCUGAAAACCUGCUCUCUCAUAGACAACAUCUGCGCGUACGCAAACAGUGAACAGAACUACGUGAUCAGCUUUGUGGUUCCCAAUCAGAAAAGGUUGACAGAAAUGGCCAAACAGAGAGGCAUAGUGGGAGCAUUGGAGGAGAUCUGCACUCACCCCGACAUGGAAAGAGCGGUUCUGAAGGAGAUCAAGGAGGUUGCUUUUAACCUUAAACUUCAGCGAUUUGAGAUCCCAGUGAAGGUGCAUCUGAGUCCAGAGCCGUGGACCCCCGAGACAGGUCUCGUCACAGAUGCGUUCAAGCUGAAGAGGAAAGAGCUGAAGAACCACUAUCUCCACCACAUAGAGAGAAUGUAUGGGGGAAAAUAACUUCGCCAGUUUCACCCACGAGUUCCCGGUCUCACCAUAACCACUGUUUUCGUCUGUAAAUAAUCUACCUGGUACCCAAUUGGAUUUUCAUGCUGUUGUGAACCACAGGUCCAAAUAAAAAUGUCUUGAGCAAAAAA